AUGUCUGGUGGGCGGAAGGCAAUUGCUGACUCAAGAUAUGAAGACGUGUGCGAGGACGCGGCGACGUUCAAGCAGACCAGUGGCACAUCCUACGUCAAUGGCGGAGGUGCCUUCCAUGCCGAUGACAAGAUCUUCCAAUUCAACGGAAGGGGAACCGUUGUCAUCAAGGGAUUCUACGCUAAUGAUUAUGGCAAACUGGUCCGCAGUUGCGGAAACUGCAGUGGCAACGGUGGCCCCCGGAAUAUCGUAAUUCAAGACUCGGUAGCCGUAGAUGGUGGCGUUCUAUGUGGUAUCAACACCAACUACGGCGAUACGUGCAAGAUUACCAACUCCUGCCAGGACGACGGGAAGAGUUGUGACCGGUACACGGGCAACUCUAGUGGGGCUGAGCCCACAAAGAUCGGUUCCGGACCCGAUGGCACGUAUUGUACUACCUCUGGCUUCACCACAAGCUGCUGA